AUGAGGAACUGUAAGAUAAUAUCCCAGCUGUUCCCACAAAACCCAAGAACUAAUAGGAAUGCUACGGCCAAUGAUGUAGUCAAUCUUAUGGCACAACAGUUCAGAAAGCUUCAUCCACCCUCUUUUGAUGGUAGAAGCACAGAUUCAAUCGUUGCUGAAGAAUGGAUCGAGGAAAUCGAGAAUAAUUUUGACUUUAUCGAAUGCAAUGAUCGUCAGGAAGAUAGGUUCAAGGAACUUUUCUUUGAGAAGUUCUUUCCCCCGACUGCUAGGCAGAACAAGGAGGCAGAGUUUAUCAAGUUAGAGCAAGGAAGACUGCCCCCGAUAGAGUAUGAAAAGAAGUUUGAGGAGCUUUCUCAUUGUGCCCCUCAUUUGGUGAACACUAAUUGGAGAAAAGCAAGACAAUUUGAAAGAGGUUUGAGACCAGAGUUAAAGAAGCAUGUUGUUGCCUUCAGAUUGAUGACCUAUGCUGAGGUGUUGCAAGCUACUCAAAUCUUGUCACAGGAUUUGGACAACACGAAGUCACUUUGCAAAGAUGGUGGUUCAAAAAGAAAGUUUCAUGGAGGAUAG